GAGCAGACGGACGCAUGCGGAAUUGUAACAUGGCGGCUGACGGAGGCCGAGCUGUGCUACCUUGCUCAUUCAGCCCCAAAUCACGCCAGUUUCUUGCCCUCUGCGCACAGGACGGACGAUUGCGGAUCUGGAAUACAAAUAGCAUAACUCUACAGCAGGAAUAUGUGCCUUCCGCGCAUCUGAGCGCAGCCUGUACUUGUGUGACAUGGGGACCGUGCCGAUCAGCUCAGGAUGUGCCACAGAGGAGGAAGAGGAGGAAAUGUGAAGCCGGACAAGCAGCUGAGCAGUCAGAUCUGUUGGCUCUGGGCACUGCUGCAGGGUCCGUCCUCAUCUACAGUACAUUGAAGGGAGACCUGCACUGCACUCUGGAUGGAGAACACAGUGGGCCAGUGAACUGCGUCCAGUGGCAUCCAGACGGCUCUGUAUUGUACAGUGGCUCAGAUGACACAUACAUAGCUGAGUGGGACCUGCAGACAGGAAAAGUUCGCUGCAAAUGGAAGGCAGACAGAUCAGCUGUCAGCAGCCUGUGUAUGAGUCCAGAUGGAAAGCUUUUGCUCUCGGCUGGAAUGACCAUCAAGAUGUGGAACCUGGAGACUAAAGAAGUAUACAGGAAGUUUACCGGUCACUCUACAAUGGUAACGACACUGUGCUUUGCCACAACGCGACCCCCAGACAGUAACGGACUGUACUUCCUGUCAGGGGCGGCUCACGACAGGCUUCUGAGUGUGUGGCAGGUGCGGACUGAUGGCAAAGACAAGAACUCUGUGGUGUCUUUUACUCUGACAGAUGAACCCCAACACCUAGACCUUCAGGCAUCCAGCAGCAAAGAUGAGGCUGUGAAAUUAGCAGUGGUGUGUCGGGACGGUCAGCUUCAUCUCUUUGAACACUUUCUGAAUGGACCGUGUAAGAAGCCGCUGUCUCCAGUGUGUUCACUGCAAGUGUCCACUAUGAAGGGAGAAUCACCAGUGCCUGUGCCUCUGCUUGCAGCAGCUCUAUGUACAGACCGGCAGAACCUGAUGCUGGCAUACGGACAUCACCUGCAGCCUGUUAUAGAGAGAACACCAUUUAACACAUCAGAGAGACAUGUUUGUUUGGUCCGAGAUGUACAUGCUAGUCUGUCACUCUCUGUAGACAUGGCUGUCUCCAAGGUGAAGACGCCCAUUAUUAAUGAACAACAGGGCAAAGUUUUAAUACCAGGAAUUCCAGGGCACAAAGCACCAAUCAGAUUUACACCCAAUGAACCAGAGAAGAGGAAAAAAGGGUCCCGUACCACAGAGUUGUCUAUAGAAGAACGGUUGGAGCAAAUUGAGUUGAGUGUUGGAGGGAAGGAUGCUGGUAAAGGGUCAUCUUCCCUGCAGACGGACAGUUUUGCUGUUUUGCUUGUACAGGGCCUGGAGAGCAAAGAUGAAAAGAUCCUUAAUAAAAUAUUUCAAACCAAAAAAGAAAUGUUGAUAAAGAACACUGUUGCCCGGUUACCGCCUCCAGCUGUCCUGCCAUUGGUGGAAGAGCUGUCCAGAAGACUGCAAGGGCAUCCAUUUGCGGCUUUGCUUAUAGUUCAGUGGUUUAAGGCCGUACUUACACAACACACAUCAUACUUGUCUUCCCUGCCUGAUCUGGUGUCUCAGUUAGGGUCGAUCUACCACAUGAUUGAGAGCAGAGUGAAGUUAUUUCAUCAGCUCACCAGACUCCACGGCAAACUCUACCUGUUUAUGACACAGAUGGCGACAAGCCACAGCACUCAAAAAGCUGGAGACAUUGAUCACACAGCCAAACUGGUUUAUGAAGAAGAGUCUUCCGAUGAGGAAGAAGGUUCUGGAGAUGAAGGACGACCAGAGGAUGAGUCUGAUGACUGGGAGGAGGAAGAGGCAACAAUGGAAGUGACCGGAGACAAACCGAAACAUACAGAAGAUGAUGAUGAUGAUGAAGAGGAAGAUAUGAAUGAUGAAUCAAAAGCGAAUGGUGAUUCAGAUCUGGACCCUGAAAAUGAAAGCGAGGAGGAAUAAUAUGCAAUCAGGCCACAGUAUUCAAAAAGGACCCUUAUUUCUAUAUAUGCUUUCAUUUUAUUUUUUUAUUUUAUUGUGACAAAACAAUUAUAUGUUUUAUAGAAUUUCCAUGACCAUUGCAGCCUGGACUUGUGGUUGCCUAUCUAAGAAUGGUCAUGGGGGUUGUGAAUCCAGACUGAGUGCUCCACGUGUGUAAAGUGUACACAUGGAUUUGAGGUCCAUUCAGGUCACUGUUCCUUUGACUUGAAACUGCCUCUGUUUUGUAGCUCAGUAAUUAUGAAAUUCUGUGGGAUUCUCAAACCAAAAUCACCCUCCAUACCCAGCUUGAUUGUAUCCUUAAAGGGAUAGUUCAACCAAAAAUUCAUGGUCUUCAUUAUCCUCAUGUCGCUCAAAAUACAUAAGUUGAUUCUGUGUAACACGAAAGGAGAAAAAUUAAUAAUGUUGAUGCUGCUCCUUACAAUUUUCCAUACAAUGAAAGUGAAUGGUGAGUGAGGCUGUUGAUCACUAACAUUCUGCCUAACAUCUCAUUUUGACUUCCAUGAAAGAAAAUCAUAUGGGUUUUGAACAAUAUGAUGGGGAGUUUCAUUUUUGGGUGAACUAUCACUUUAAGAGUGUCUGAUGUCAAUAUUGUUUGAACAUAUAAUAUUGUCGUAGAUAGUCCUUCCCAAUGAUGCCCAUCUACUCUGCUCACAUCGUUAACUUAUCUUUGUUUUCAUUCCUCUGUCACAGUCAUUUCUCAUGUUUGACUUCUGUCCUGAGUGUGAGUGUCUGAGGGUUUUCCACUCUCUUCAGGCAUGACCCAGUUCUCAAUCUAGAGAACAAAAAAUGUGAACCUCUCCCAAUGAAAACCUGAAUCUUAAAAACAAAGUCCCAGAGGUGUAUAACUUGGUUGUGAUAAGUGUCAACCAAUACUUUUCAUGCAAACAAAUAUAUUGGUGACUGUUGUACAGUUUAAAUGAAAUAAAUACAGUUUUGUUCUCA